AUGUUUAAAGAUCCAUUUGCUGGUCUCUUCAAAUACGUUGAUUCCUUAGGAUUUAAGCAGACUCCUGACUAUGAAUUAUGCAUUAAAAAAAUAGUUCAAGCUCUAGGAGAUGAUCAAAAUAUAGAUUGGAAAAUGGAUUGGUCUUUUGAUGGCUUAAAAUGGGAUCAGACUUAUCUUAGUAAAGCACACAUCUUCAAAUAAGUACUGACUAAGUAACCUCAAAAAAAGGAAGAUUUGAAUAGGAAUAGUAUAUAAGAAGGAGAGAAGGAAAUUAAAGAAGAAUAAAACAUUGAUAACUGUAGUAAAUAUUUUUCAGCCUAAGUCAAUUCAAAUGAGAAAGAAGUAUUAAACCAUAAUGGAAUGGCACCUAUACAUGAGAUAAAAUAAAAUUCAAUUUUAAUUAAACCCAAAUUCAAACAAAAGGCAGAAUUUAGUGAAUUAGAUAUCCUUCACUUGAAAAAACUUAGUUAAAUCAUUUAAAUUGAGCUAGGUAUAGACGAUUCAGAAUUUUUAGAGGAGGAUAUUGAUGAGGACUCAUAGGCUUUUGAAAGUCAAAUCUAGACAUUAUUUGAAUACGCUAAAUUAAACUAACAAAUUAAUGCAAAUGACAUUAGAAAAAUAUCAAAUUGA